CAGCGCGCCACUCUCUCAGUCAGACGCUGUAAACAAACGCUGAAGCUUCGACACUCGCUCGAUAUUCAUGAAAUCUAAAGAAUGGAAAUAAAGCUUCGGAUUAUUACACACACUCGUGUUUUAUUGUGUGUUUUUCUCAUGUUUAUUGUCGCCGGCGUGUUUCCGGUGGCUGUAGCGAUAGAUGUUUAUACUCCAGCUGAGGUGUUUGUAGAGAAUGGAACCACAGCGACGCUGACGUGUAGUUUUAAAUCUAAAGAGGUGGUCAGUAGUUUAGCAUCAGUCACCUGGUCUUUUCUUCCAGAAGGCGACGCUGGAAACCCCACUCAUUUCUUCUAUCACGGCGAUGGAAGAGUGUUCCCCAUCUCUUUGCCGCAGUUCAAGUCUCGCGUGGAGUGGGCCGGAGACUUGAACAAGAAGGACGCUUCCAUCCGCGUGACUCGGGUGCAGUUCAGAGACAACGGGACUUACGUCUGUGACGUGAAGAAUCCUCCGGACAUCACCGGACAGCCGUCCAUCAUUAAAGUCCGAGUGGUCAUGAAAGAGUCUCUUCCUCAGAGCAGCACGGCCGUGAUCGUGGGCGGCGUGAUCGGGGCCGUGAUCGGCAUCAUCAUCAUCUCUGUGGUCAUGUAUCUGAUCAUCAGACGACAGGUGCCCAGACGAGACUACGAGGGCUGCACCUCAGUAGAGAGUGUGAGUGCACAGAACACGCGUGUGGGGAAGAAGGCGGAGUCAAGCACAGACAACUCCUCUUGCUCCAGCCCCUCUGCCCCCCUACAGGGGCCGGUGAUCUACGCUCAGCUCGAUCACUCCGGCAGUAGGAACUCCUUCCACAAGAUGGAGCCGGUGGUCUACGCGGACAUCCGGAAGAACUAGAGCUGCGGUUAUUGCAUGUGCAUCUUUACAUUCAUUCACAGUCUAAACGAAUCUAAGAGAACAGGUGUAAAUGAUGAUUUCACAUGUUGUAGGUUUUCUUACCGCACAAACUCUUGCUUCUUGUGCUAUUAUUGGAUGUGUGUAUGUAUAUUAAUGUCAUUGCUAGUGUAAUAUCACACAUAUUAAUACCUCUGAUGAUGUCAUUCAGGGGCCGGUUGCAUAAACUGCUUAGACUGGUCUUACAAGUUAGUUAUCCAAUUUUUGUCUUCAAGACUGGUCAUAACUUUUAUAAAUCAGUCCCAUAAAAGGGUAGAUGGGUCUAAUUAAAAUAUGAAAAGUAAGAGUUAUUAGUCCGAACUAAUGGCUAGUCAAUGGGACCAGUUGUUAAGACACAGUCUUAACUUAGUGGCUAAGUUGUUUAUGCAACCGGCCCCAGAUCAUCAGAACUAAUCAUCUUGUACAUAAAGACCAUUUAAGUGGUUUGAGCAAAUGUUCACCCCACAUUCUCAUUUCAGUGACGUGACGUGAUGUUUCUUUUACUGCAACACAGCGCUUCUUUAUUACAGUCAAACUAUACUGUAAUCAUUCUUGUUUUUUAUUGAAAGAGAUUUUAGUGUUUAGUUCAGUAAUGAGAAUUUGGGAGUGAUAUUUUCUCAUGACUGUAAUGUCCUGGCCCUCAAAACAGGCUUGAUUUGUCUUAGUAUUGUAAAUGACACAGACAGAAUGAGUCUGCUUGUAAACGGAUCAAUAACACUAUGACAUCUAUGCCAAAAACACUCAGUCGCUGUUGGCAUCAGGAUGAUUAAAGUCAAGUUAAGUUAGCGUGCAUGUCUCGACGGUUAGACUAACAGCUAGUGAUCAUGAAACUAAUGUCUCUGUAUUGUUCAUGUAGAAAACAUAUUCAGUGUCAGGGUGCUAGUAAAGAAGUUCUUCUUCAGGGCUGAUGGGGACAUUUUGUUUUUGUGCUUUAUACACUCCAUUCUUUCUUUUUUCUACAUUCCAGUUCAUGUCUUAAGUUUUUCUUACGUUGUGACUUGAAAAAGGUGGUGUUUUAUUUUCUUUACUUUAAACGUUCCGACACUUUCUGAACAAGACCAAACAGAGUGAUGGUUCCUUCACACGUAUGAUGCUGGACUCUGAGUUUGCUUUUGUGUUGUUUUUCAUAGAUGAUUAUUUGUUUUAUUGAUGGGACCAGCGAGAUGAUGAUGAUGAUGAACUGCAGUUACUGCAACAUUCCAUUAAUACAACUUUUGUCUUUUGUACUGUGGUUGCGAAUACUGCACUGUUAGAUUUUGUUGUGCCACGUGUGUUAACUGAAACAUUGUGCCUUCAACAUUCAUGAACGAACUCAAACACCUGAUCUUGUAUUUUUGAUUUAUUGGCCUUUUGUAUAUGAAUACAGCUGUUUUUGUCUAAUUUUAUACAUACAUAUAUAUAUAAAUAUCACAUUGACUGAACAGA